AUGGAAGCCAGGCUGCUGAGCACCGUCUGGGGACUCUUCCUGGUGUGCGGGCUGCAGGCGGAGUCUACGAGUGUGGACCUAGUACCAGAGAAGAUUGCAGGAUUCUGGAAGGAAGUGGCUGUGACUUCGGACCAGAACCUGGUGCUGAAGGCUCAAAAGAGGGUAGAGGGUUUGUUCCUCACCUUCAGUGGGAGGAACAUCACCGUGAAGGCUGUGUAUAACAGCUCAGGGAGCUGUGUGACAGAAACAUCCAUGGGUUCAGAAAGAAACAUUGUGGGGGAAUUUGCUUUUCCUGGCCAGAGGAAGAUCUACGUGCUGGACACAGACUAUGAGCACUACGCCAUCCUGAAGUUGUCCCUGCUCUGGCAAGGCAGAAACUUCCAUGUGCUCAAGUAUUUCACCCGGAGUCUUGAGACUGAGGAUGAGCCAGGCUUCUGGAGGUUUUGGGAAAUGACAGCAGACCGAGGCCUUUACAUGCUGGCCCGACAUGGGAGAUGUGCUGAGCUCUUGAAAGAGGUGAGCCUACUACCCUUGGUCUACAUUGCAGCCUGGCCCUCAUGGAGCCCCUGCUGGCACUACUGGUCCUGGAAAGGAGGGGUCAUCCAUCCCUCCACUGAUCAGGACAACCAACAGCCCUGAUGGGCAGCUUCAGAUGCAUCUGUAGUUUGGAAAGAACAGUCUGCCAUG